AUGUAUGAACAAGAAGAAGAAAAAGAUGAAGAGAACGGGAAGAAAGCAAGCAAGAAGGAAGAGGAGGAGGAGGAAGAGGAGGAGGUAGAAGAAGAGGAAUCCGGCGGGGAGACGGGGGAAAGCUUUUAUUUCCCCUUUUGGUUCGUUGGUUUCCCUCCAUUUUUGGUCAUUAACAUGGUUGAAGUUACCAUAUACUUUCAUCAUGGUGGUGAGUGGCUAACCAGUCCAGAACCACAUUAUGAUAGAGGAUGUGUGACUUAUUGGAAAGGGUAUGAUCCUGACCUAAUAUCUUUUAUUGACUUAGUGAAUGAGUACAUUAAUAAGUUAGGUUUUGUUGGUGUGCAAGAACUUAUUGUACUUGCUCCAACUGGGAAAUAUUUUGAAAUAAUAGGUGAUGAGGGAGUUAAGACCUUAACAUCUUUUAUCUCUACUGAGUAUAAAUCUAUUCACUUGUUUGCUACUGAAGAUUGUGAAUUGUCUGUUGAUGUAACUGAUAUUAUCAUGCAUGAUGGGUCAUUUCUACUUUCACCAAUUGUUAAUGAGGGCACAGACUGUAGUGAAAGUGAAGAUGACAGUAAUAAUGGAAUGGUGUUUAGUUGUUCAGAUUAUGAUACAGAUGAAUUAGAAAAUUUUGUUACUAAAAAAAAGAGGAAUAUAACUGAUAGUUUGCAAGAUUAUAAGGAGAUUGUUAAGGGUAUGGCCUUCAAGGACAUAGCUGAAGCAAAACAGUUUUGUAAACUUUAUGCUCUAGCUAAGAAGGUAGAACUAGUUGUGGUGAAAAGUGAUAAAAAAAGAUUGAGGUAUACAUGUGUUGCUGAUGGCUGUCCAUUUUUACUUCUUAUUUCUGGGGAUUUGACCACUCCUGGAGUUAGUGUCAAAACACUUGUAGAUCAUAUAGAGUGUGGAACAGCAUAUGAUAACUCUUUAGUAGAUUACUCAACAAUAGCCUUGUAUUUUAAAGACAAAUUGCAAAGUGACCCCAAAUACAAGGUCAAAGAAAUGAAGGCUGAUUUACAUAGAGUUUUUGAGCUAAAUGUAAGUGAAGCAAAGUGCAAGAGAGCCAAAAAAGAGGUAUUGGAGAGUUUAGAAGGUAGCUUUGUAGACUCUUACAAUAAGUUAGAGGGUUAUGCUACUGAAUUGAGAAGUUGUAAUACAGGGUCUGACAUUGUGAUAGAUUUGUCUAAACAGGCACUAUCUAAUGGUAAGAGAAAAUUUCUUAGGAUGUAUAUCUGCUUCAAGGCAAUGAAGUUGGGUUUUAAGUCUGGGUUAAGACCACUUAUUGGGUUAGAUGGUACAUUCCUUAAAGGGAAAACUAAGGGACAGGUAUUGUGUGCUGUUGGUCAAGACAGUAAUAACUCUUUCUACCCUCUAGCUUGGGCUGUGGUAGAUAAAGAGACUAAGAGAACUUGGACAUGGUUUAUGCAACAUUUGCAACAUUCACUUGAACUUCAAAAUGGUGAAGGACUGACAUUCAUAUCAGAUAUGCAGAAGGGGCUGCUUGAAGCAGUAAGGACAGUCUUACCUGAAGCACAUCAGAGAUAUUGUGCAAGGCAUAUUGAGGCAAAUUGGUGCAAAAGAUGGGGUAAAGGUGAGCUGAAAAAGUUGCUAUGGUGGGCUGCAUGGUCAUCAUUUACAGAGGAGUUUGAGGACCAACUUCAAGAGAUGAAGGAAGUUAAUGGAGAGGCUAGACAGGAUUUAAUAAACAAGUAUCCUCCCAAAACAUGGUGCAAAGCUUAUUUAGAUACAGUGUGCAAAAAUCAGGCUGUGGACAAUAACUUUACUGAAUCAUUCAAUGCCUGGAUACUUGAAGCAAGGUACAAGCCAAUUAUUGGAAUGUUGGAAGACAUCAGGGUCAAAACAAUGGAGAGGCUGGCAGCAAAAGAGGUUGAUGUGAGGAAGUGGAAAGAUGAUGGAUUUAGUCCCAAAAGUGAGUUGUUGUUUAUUCAGUAUUUGAAGAUUUCCAAGGUUUGUAAGGUGAAUGGCAAUGGGGAUAGUGGCUAUGAGGUUACUGAAGGUGCAAAUAGACACAUUGUCAACUUAAGAGAUAAAAAAUGCACAUGCAGAACAUGGGAUCUGACUGGAAUUCCAUGUCCACAUGCAAUUAAGGCCAUGGAGCACAAGAAAAUGAUACCAAAGAAAGAAAUUCAUUGGUAUUAUAGUAAAGAGGCAGCAUUGGCAGUUUACAAACACAAGUUACAACCUAAUUGGCCAAGCUUGUUGGUAGACCUAAGCUUAUGA